GGCUGCCCUGGCUACAAACACAACCAUCCGCACGCGAUCAAGCUCCCCCAGCGCCAGAUCAAGCCUCACUGGAGUUGGGUUAUUAUGUGCAAUCCCAACGACGACCAAUCCGCUUCGGCAGCUCCCGAACAGAAUGACGUCCACCCGGAUGACUUCCCAUGGCACAUUGGCGUCUGUGACGCCCAUUGCCACCCAACCGACACCAUGUCCUCAAUCGCUAGCAUAGGCAGCAUGCGUGCCCGCGCUCUAACCAUCAUGGCCACACGCUCGCAGGACCAAGACCUCGUCGCUUCGUCCGCGGCGAAAAAUCCCAUCCGAGACCGCUCAGUGCUUGGUUCGCCGGCGAAACAAGACACCCCCGACAAGAUCGUCCCCGCAUUCGGCUGGCACCCCUGGUUCUCCCACCAACUCUACGACGACACCGAGGCCAGCACACCCGGCCCAUCCUCCUCCCCCGAGACGGCCGAGCAGCACAAAACCGAGCACUACCGCGCCGUACUCUCCCCCCAACCCGACGAUGCCUUCAUCGCCUCCCUCCCAGACCCCAUACCGCUCAGCACCUUCAUCGCCGACACCCGACAGCGCGUGCUCGACGCAGGCACCGCGCUCGUUGGCGAGGUCGGGCUGGACAAGGCAUUUCGACUGCCGUGGCCGUGGGGGAAAAGGGACGCGGCAGGGACAGCCGCCGAGCAUACCGCCGAGGCCGACGCCGACGCCAACGCCCCGCCCAGCCGCGACGAGACGCUGACGCCCGGCGGGCGCGAGGGCCGCACGCUGAGCCCACACCACGUGAAGAUGGCGCAACAGAUGCGGGUGCUCCGGGCGCAGCUCCGCCUGGCGGGCGAGUUGGGCGUGGCGGUCAGCAUCCACGGCGUGCAGGCGCACGGGGUGCUGUUCGACGCGCUGGCGGCGCUGUGGAAGGGCCACGAGCGGGAGGUGGUGUCGCGGAAGAAGCAGAAGAUGGUUGCGACGGGGGCCGAGGACUUUUCGUCGUCGAGCGAGGACGAGGGGGAGGAGGGGUGGGGUGAUGAUGGUGGUAAUGAUGUCCCGUCGCGGCCGAAGGUCAAGGAGAAGAAGGCUUACAAGCCCAAGCCAUUCCCGCCGAGGGUGUGUCUGCAUUCGUUUAGUGGCUCGCCGCAGAUGAUGCAGCAGUACCUCAACCCGGCCAUCCCCGUGGAGACCUUCUUCUCCUUUUCGACCGCCAUCAACCUAUCGACUGCGGGAGGGGAGAGCAGGUUUGCGGAUGUUGUCCGGGCGUGUCCCGACGACCGGUUGCUUGUGGAGAGCGACCUGCAUUGUGCGGGCCAGGAGAUGGACCGGGUGCUCGAGGACAUCUCGAGAAGAGUUUGUGCGAUCAAGGGCUGGCCUUUGGAGGAGGGCCUGGCGAGGAUACGGAGGAACUAUGAAGAAUUCAUAUUUGGCUGAACUGCGCUAUCAGAGGUUGGGAAACAAUGCCCCGCACCCAGCGCAAGAUAAAUAAAGUUAAUCCCCCCUUCAUCCCUCUGCAACUUACUCUACUCGGACGAGUCGGAUAUAUUGCUGGCAGGUUUUCAUCGCCAACUCACCUCACCCCAGAUUAAACCACAGAGUGCAAUGGGAGCGGAGGCCCAGCCGAUGAAACGAAAUCCAGUACGGAUCAAAUAUCCGCCGCUGAGAGAGGUUGAAGACGUUGAUUUGGAAACGCGAUCGCGUAUUUGCUGACGAUCAGUGCGUAAUCAGGUAA